AUGGCAACUCUCCCAUUCGUGACGACAAUUUUUCUGCUCUGGAGCACCGCUGUCAUGAGCAUGGAGGUGUGGCUGUAUAGCCACGGGAGCAACGGGAAGUUCACAAUCGACACCAUCCAGCGCUGCUACACGCUCAAGUCUUUGUGGAACGACCGAGCCGUUCGAGCGACGUGGAAGAAGCUGCCGAAGCACAGCGCGAUUGUCUUCUACGAAGACGCCAGGUGCAGCGGCGAGAAAAUCACCAGCUGGAACGCCCCUACUGGGAGCUGCUCGUUUGAAGACGACACCAGCAAAAAACUCAACGAGGAAGUGUCGUCCUUCAUGGUUUUCACAACCGACGAGGGCCCGUACAUGGGCUACGAGGAAAUCACGGUCGACGACCCUGGCUCCAUCUUCGACUAG